CUUUUUUCCUCUACCCAAAUUUUGAUUCUUAGUCGCCUCUCUGUUCUGCUUUCGGUUGACAAUGGCAGCUUAUGACGAAGAAAAUGAAAGUAGAUUUAGAAUUACGUAUUUUCGUCGGCGGCGUCUUCGUAAUCAAUUAUUGCUCUUGACUCCGCCACGAACACCUGAAAUCAUUCUGCACAAGCCUAGAAUGACUGAUGAUGAUAGCGAAGAAGACAUUGAGAGGGAAGAGAAGUUCUGUUUAGAAGAAAAAGUUGACAGCAAGGAGAAAAAGGCUCAUGCAGAAGAGUCUGUGAACAUGUUUGAGAAAAUAAAGCCUAAAAUGACUGAGGAUGAUAGUGAAGAAGACAAGCAGACGGAAGAAAAGUUCACCUUGAAAAAAAAAGAAGUUGAAGGGAAGGAAAAAGAAGGCUAAUGCAUAAGAAUCUGAGAACAUGUUUGAGAAGAUGCAGGUAAAGACGUACAUUUGGAUGAACAUCGCAAGGGUGGACUUGUUUAGUAUUGCCGUGUGGUCAACCUAGACAAUGCUAUGCUAGACCAAUAAUAGUUGUGUUACUGUAUUAAAACUUUUAUGAUGUAAUAACAAAUUAUGGUUUGACAUUCUGAUUAAUCAACGACUGAAAUAUUCUUCUGGUA